UUCAACAGACCAGCCGCCUCAAAGAGUGUGGCCUUCAAACCAGAAUAUAACUUUUAGCUGUACAUCUGAGUAAUAAUAGCAAUAGGAUGAUUUAAAAAUGAGCUCAACGUUAUAUAGCCAACAACCACACGGACCGACGAUAAAGUUGGGUGUGACCAGACUGCCUCUACCUGCCUUACUACCUCGAAGGAGUGAACCUUGAGCGGAAAGAGGGUGGCCGUAGCCAUAUUGACACAAAUCACAGCACUGUUUUCCACCGGAUCAAAGAAGAAGGACAAUCCAUCCAGAUUGGAACGAUACAACGAGGAAAUGCCACAGUUGAGCAAUGAGAUGCAGCUGAGCAUCAUGAAGAAGGUGAAGAGUGGAGAAUUGUCCAUCGAGGAUGCUCUGAACCAGGCCAGGAUGGAACGGGACGGGAAGCAGCUGCCGAAAACAGUGGCUGAGGAGGAACCACAACCCAAACAGUACAACUUCAGUGUUCACAAACACAGCCACUACAGAUGGCAGAAGAGGGUUCUUCAGAUUGAUUUCAAGACCAAAAUGCUGUGCAGUAUUGAGAAAGGCAUCAUCAAACGACAACUUCCCUUCCACACUGUCAAAAGUUGUGAUGAUGGAGUGGGUUCGAAGUUCAACAUCUUUUUUAAAGGACAUCAUGAUUAUGAAUUGGAGGCCACUUCACUGGAGGACAAAAACAAGAUGAUGAAGCUCGUGAAUCAGAUCAUUUAUGGGAACAUAUACAGUGACAAUGCAGAAUCACGUCAGCAGCCUCAAGCAUCACAGAGGCUUCAGGAAGGCGUCUUGUUACUGCACCGGGGCGGCCUGGCGUCUUUCAGAUGGGUGAAAUAUGAGGUCCAGCUCCACCCAGAUCAGCUAACACUGGUCCCCUCUAGGCGGAGAGGCCCCGCUGAUGCUGAGGUGACAUCCUCGGUGCCCUCGUCCAUCGUGAUUCAUCUGUCAGGCGGCGACACCAGUGUACAGAAACCGAACAGCUCCGACGCGUUCACACUGAUCACCCACAAAAAUGAGUACCAGUUCCGGGUCCCUUUACCAGAUCAAACAUCUGAUCCUGGAUCUGUCCAGAUGGAGCGGGAUGCUUGGGUUCAGGCCAUCCACCAACUGUGCUCAGACUGGAAGACGAAGUCCAAGGACGAAUGUGCGUUUGCGGAAAGAAAGGUUCUAGGACAGCUCAGCAUAGCUGAAUACGCAGAGGACACCGACGCAGAGCUUGAGUCGAGGGGAGAAUUGGGUGGUAGCAACAUGACUUAUCCUGCAGAUCAUGCAACGCCUGUUCCUAAACCUUGCAGCACUAAGAACACUGAUGUCAUCCGGCCUGAUGAUUUGCCUCCCAUCCCAUCCCCAACUUCCCCUGAAGUCUUUGCCUCAUCAACGUCCACUUCCCCUCAAUCCUCACCCUCCAACAGUAUCGUCACCCCCUCUUCCACAGGCCCAGUGUCUCUUUACCAUGAGUCAGGCACGUCAGUUGAAAUAGGGCAUCCCCCUCUGAGGAUUCCCGCCCCACCACCUUUACCCUUCCAAUCUGCAAUGAAUUUAAGAAAACCACGUACCAAGGCUUUCCACUGGGACCCAGUCGGCAAAGAGAAGAUUGCAAAAUCGUUUUGGAAACAGGAACGCACCAGGAGGAUUGAAAUCGACACACUGCGCUUAUAUGAGCAAUUUGCCGUUAAAGAUCUGGGGACGUGUGGUGCGGCUGAGCCGAGCAAUACCCAGCAUAUUAUGCUCAACCAGAAGGUCGCACACAACUUCAACAUUUUCCUCAAAAGGUUUCCAGUGCAAGCGGGAGAGCUGAAGGACAAACUGUUCAUUGUUAAUGAGGAAGAUGGAGGCCUGUCUGAUGAGCAAAUCACCUCUCUGAGGAGGUACAUCCCAACAUUGAGUGAUGUGGAAAUGUACAAAUCACACAAAGGACCUGUGGCAGAGCUCCAUAUUGUGGACCAGUACAUGAUGGAGAUGUGCAACAUCCCCUGUCUGAGCACACAGCUUGACCUGCUGCUGACGCUGAGAGAGCUUCCGAUCAGCAUGACCGACCUGCAGCCUCUGAUUAACCAGAAGAUCAGAAUGUGCACGCAGCUGAACAACUGCAGGUCAUUUGUUUCGGUGCUGGAGUACCUCCUCGCUAUUGGCAAUUACCUCAACGAGAACGCCAGGAAGGGAAAGGCCAAGGGAUUCUGCCUCUCCUCCUUAACUAAACUUACCCAGCUCCGUGGAAAAGACAGGAAAUUCACUUUGCUCGAUGCCCUUGUGGAACAGAUCAUGUUGCAUGAACCGAGCCUGGCCACUUUUACCCAGGAGUUGGCAGAAUUUGAAACUGUCCCAGGAGCUUCCAUCAAAGGCCUGACCGCAGAAGUAGAUGUCCUGAAGAAUGAACUGCAGAAAGUCAUUCAGUAUAAAAAAAUGUACAAGAAGACAAAUGCUGGAGUUCAUCACCCAAACUUCUCCAAAGACCUGAAGGCUUCAAUUGAAAAAUAUAACAUGGAUCUCUCUGCACUGACGAAGACAUGUGAGGAGAUGAAGAGACUCUACUCUGUUAUACUGGUUAAAUUCGGUGAACCGGCGGAUCAAGACUCUCAGGAGCUCUUUGGGUCGAUCUGUCAUUUUGUCCACGAAUUCAAGGGGGUCCAUGCGGAGAUUCUAUGAGUUAUAGAACAACUGUAUAUAGUACAUAUUAGAAAACCACUAAGAGAGCAGCGAUGCUUAUUAAACAAACCAAACAGGCCUUAUUGUCUUAGUCUCAGAUCAGAAACAGAAAGACACAAAAACAUGGCAUACAACUUUUAAUGCAGUAUUUAAUAUUGGUAAUAUAACAAAAGUGAAAUGAUGCAUAGGUGUAUAAUUGUCAUAGCUAUUUGUAUUUUGUGUACAGAUAUCUUAUUUUACAAUACGUUUUGGAUGUUAUUCGAUGUAUAGAAGUGCAGUAUGAAGUGUACAGCUUAUGCACCUGGGAAAUAGGAUGUCUGUGUAAAUCAAUUUUGUGAAUAGAUCUCAUCAUUCAUGUCAGAAGUCGGUUUGAUUUGGAUGAACUUCAUUAUUACAUUACAUUUAUUUUGAGACUAAUCAGUAAUGCAGGAUUUGCAACUUCUGGGUUGCAAGAAACACUUGAAUGUUGAAGUGUGCCGCUGAUACACACAGCUGUUUGUUGGCAGAGAAACAACAACAAAACAUAAUUUUGGAGGCCAGCUGAGGCUGGUGUACUUUGGGUAUAUGAUUAUUUUGAAAAUUCAAUUGUGUUGUGGUCGGUGACGUUUCCCAUCCCUGCAAUCCUGAAGAGCUCCGAGGCCGCCUCUGAUUGAGGAACACGUACCACUGGACCAUGAAGAGAAACACAACAUUCCUCUAAAGACAUAAGGAUAUUUUCAGCACUGGCUAGAACCAGGCGGCAACCUCCGGUUCCGUUGAGUGAAGCCAUGCGGAAAUGUCUUAACACUUGCAUUCUCUCUACUGACCAGCAGGGGGCGACUCCUCUGGUUGCAAAAAGAAGUCUGAUCGUAUGGAAGUCGAUAAGAAAAUUACUUUACUUCUCACUUGAUUUAUUCCCUCGGUAAACAUUGUAAACAUGAGUGUGUGGCCUCGAUCGAUAGUUUCAAGUC